CCCUUUAAAUAAUUUGAAACAAAGUCCUUAGGUGACGCGGGGAUUAUGGGAAGUGUAGUGGAUAGUUUUCAGGGCAGCGCUUUCCUCUGCUCAGCGGGGCAGAUGUGGAAGACUACAAUCCCAGCGGCGCCGGUGUUGCCGUCUUUGGCUCAGUUUCUGUCGACGUGGGAAAAGCGGCGCAAGAGCAAACAACAAUCAAGUCUAUGGGUGUAUGCGCUUGAGAUGAUACGAGUGUCGUGCGAGAGGACGCGUGUCUCUGAAAACAGACUCCAGCAUGUGGCUCAGACCCGAAGAGGUGCUUCUCAAAAACGCGCUGAAAUUAUGGGUGACGGAGAAAUCCAACGAUUACUUCGUGCUGCAGCGCAGACGCGGAUACGGAGAGGACAGCGGCGGAUUGACAGGCCUGCUGGUUGGAACUUUGGACACAGUUCUUGACUCCACAGCCAAAGUCGCCCCGUUUCGCAUUUUACACCAGACGCCCGACUCUCAGGUGUACUGGAGCGUUGCCUGUGGAGCAUCUUUAGAGGAGAUCUCACAGCACUGGGACUGGCUGCAGCAGAACAUCAUCAGAACUCUCUCUGUCUUCGAUUCUGGUGAAGACAUCACCAGUUUUGUCCAGGGAAAGAUAAGGGGUCUGAUAGCAGAGGAGGGCAAAUCAGCCGGUGACGAGGAGGACCCCGAACGCUUCCGGGAGGCUGUGCUGCGAUUUGAACGUCUGUUCGGUUUGCCUCAGAGAGAGAAGCUUGUGACGUAUUUCUCUUGCAGCUACUGGAGAGGACGAGUGCCAAACCAGGGCUGGAUCUACCUCAGCACCAACUUCCUGUGUUUCUACUCCUAUAUGCUGGGAAAUGAGGUGAAACUGAUGUAUCCCUGGGAUGAGGUGAGCCGCCUGGAACGUACGUCGAGUGUGUUGUUGGCGGAGAGCAUCCGUGUGUGUGUGCGUGGAGAGGAUCAUUACUUCUCAAUGCUCCUGAGGCUCCAGCAGACAUACCUGAUAAUGCAGCAGCUGGCUGAAUAUGCCAUUGUUCGCUUCUUUGACAAAGAAACAUUUAAUGCUGAACAUCCACUAGCCAACCCUCUUCACAUCAUGCAGAAGGCUCUGGAAAUCCAUGCACGGAAUCAGUCAUUUCGAUCAUUCUUCCGGUUGCCGCAGGAGGAGAAUCUUUGUGAAGUGCACGAGAGUUUCCUCUGGGUUCCAUUCAGCCAUGUCAAUACGCUUGGAAAAAUCUGUGUCUCUGAGAACUAUCUGUGCUUUGCAAGCCAAGAUGGGUCUCAGUGCCAUCUCAUAAUCCCUCUAUGGGAGGUGUUUAGUGUGGAGCUGCCAGAUCGUGGUAGUCGUGCCCUGACUGUGUGUCUUCGUGGCAAGAGGGCUUUGCGUUUUUCUGAGGUUCGGGAUUUUGAGCGACUUGCUGCCACCAUCCGCAGAAAGUGUGGGACAGCAGGAAGCCCCCAGCACUACAUCAGUAAUCCGGAUGAGGAGGGUGUUAUGGUGGGACAAAGUCAAGCCGUCAGCACUGAAGCUCUUAUGAACGUCUUUCAUCCACAUGAUGCAGAAAACCUUGACCCCAAAAUGCUGAAGGAGCGAAUGAAGGAGCAGUCGUGGCAGAUCCAUUUUGCUGAAUAUGGCCGUGGAUCUGGAAUGUUUUGCACCAAAAAAACACGGGAUCUCAUUGUACGAGGAGUUCCAGAGACUCUCAGAGGAGAACUUUGGAUGCUCUUCUCAGGUGCAGUACAUGACAUGACCUCUCAUCCCGGAUACUAUGGACGGCUAUUGGAGGAGUGUAUGGGCAGCAGCUCGCUUGCGUGUGACGAGAUUGAGAGAGAUCUGCAUCGCUCACUCCCAGAACACCCAGCAUUCCAGAGCGACACGGGAAUCUCAGCUCUUCGCCGCGUCUUGACUGCCUACGCUCAUCGCAACCCCAAAAUCGGCUACUGCCAGGCGAUGAAUAUCCUGACGUCUGUGUUGCUGCUGUAUGCUAAAGAAGAAGAGGCUUUCUGGCUGCUGGUCGCUGUGUGUGAACGAAUGCUCCCAGACUACUUCAACCGUAGAAUUAUUGGAGCCCUGGUGGACCAGGCUGUGUUCGAGGAACUGAUCCGUGAGCAUUUAACCCAGCUGACCGAACACAUGACGGACCUGUCAUUCUUCUCAUCAGUGUCGUUGUCAUGGUUCCUGACUCUCUUCAUCAGCGUACUGCCAAUAGAGAGCGCUGUGAAUGUUGUUGACUGCUUCUUUUAUGAUGGUAUCAAAGCCAUCCUGCAGCUUGGCCUUGCUGUCCUCGACUACAAUAUGGACAAUCUGCUUUGUUGCCAUGACGACGCAGAAGCUGUCACAGUCCUCAACAGGUUUUUUGACAGUGUCACAAAUAAAGACAGUCCCCUGCCAGCUACUGUACAGCAGGCAUCUGCAACAGCCAAUGACAAAUCAAUACAAAAGGUUGACAUCAGUGAUCUCAUCAAAGAGUCAUAUGAGAAAUAUGGAAACAUUCGAACAGAGGAAGUGGAAAACAUGCGGAAGAGGAACAAGCUUUAUGUCAUUCAAACACUAGAAGACACAACAAAACAAAAUGUACUUCGUGUUGUUGCUCAAGAUGUGAAAUUCAGUGCUGCUCAGCUGGAUGAGCUCUACAUGCUUUUUAAGAGGCAGCACUUUGUGAGCUGUUACUGGUCAGUAUGUAGUCCUGCCCUGCAGAACCAUGACCCCAGCCUGCCAUAUCUGGACCAAUAUCAGCUGGAUCAGUCCCAGUUUAGUAGCCUGUUUAACCUCCUGCAGCCGUGGACCACACACACACAUGUGCGCUCACUGGCACGAUCAGCCUUCCGGCUUCUGGACGCGAAUGGAGACGGACUUGUGAACUUCAAAGAGUUCAUAUGCGGUCUGGAUAUCCUAUACAACCGAUCUUUCACAGAAAAACUAAAAUUUCUCUUCAAACUACACAUUCAACCAGGGACCCAGGAGUGUAAGAUUUUACCGUCGUCUAGAUUUUUUCCUCCGGCUGAAGAUCACUCUUUCUCUACUCGUCUUUCUGACUCUGCAGAGGAUGGAGUGAUCAGAAAAUGUCCAGAGAGAGGUCGUGCUAAAGUUGAUCUGCAGGAAUAUCUGAAACAGUGGCAGGAAGACUUGCAGCGGAGAGAGGAGAAUAUUAAAGAUCUGCCCAGAAUUAAUCAGGUGCAGUUUAUUGGUUUGACGAAGACUCUGUAUGGUGUGUUCCAUGGCACCGAGGAGGAGGAGAGUCUGUACCGCGCUGUGGCGCGAGUGACCAGUCUUCUGCUGCGCAUGGAGGAGGUGGGGCGGAAGCUACAGGAGAGCAGCCUGCAGAAAACGCCCCAAACUACACCCACCAGCACGCCUCAGCCAGAGACAUCCCCAACAUUACCCACCAGCCCUGAGAACGAAACCCUCGCUGAGGGUGAAGGCGACCAACCCGAGUCUCCGGCUAGUCCACAAGAAACUGCCCCAUCCCACUCUGACAUUACCCCGACCUCAACCUCACGUCCUUCCACACCCACCAGCAGUCCCACCGGAACCAGCAGCCCCGUGUUGGACACGCCAACAGACACCCCCAGCUCGCCCUCUGCGGUCAGAGACGGGGACUGGAGUUUCUCCUUCGAGCAGAUUCUUGCGUCUCUCCUGAAUGAACCGUCUGUCGUUCGCUUCUUCGAACGGGCCGUUGACACAGAUUCUCUGAUCGCACACGCAUGCAAAAACCAGCUUAAAGUUGCACACUUUAAGUAACACACUAUAUCAGAGCAAUCACAGCAAAACACUGCCCUAAAAGCCAUAAACCCUCUCCCUUCCUCUUUCUCUUUUUCUGUGUGACUUGUACAGGUCAGUGUUUGUGAAACACUUAUGUCUGUUACAGAUGAGGAAAUCGUUUUAUUUAUAUACAGACACACAUAUGCAGGACAAGUACAAAUCAAAGGGACCCCCCCCCCCCC